AUGUCAGAAACUGAGCUGGAAAAGAUAAAAGUAAGAGCAGCUGAGCAUUUUGAAAAUGAUAAAAAUAAUAUUUCUUGGUUGAAGGAAGAUAUGCAACUCACAAAUGACAAACAUGCAGAAGAAAAACCCAUUAACGCUAUCGUUAUCAAUUCAGUAUCGGAGUUCAGCAUCACAGAUGGGUCAGCCAAGGAAACUUCCACCGAGAAAAAGCUGCCAGGGUCCACCACAUCACUGUCCUCCCUUGAAGAAUGUCAAACGAGAUUUUCUUACCUCCAAACCGAUACAUCAGCUCAUCAGAGAGACACUGAUGAGGAGUGUGCCUCCCUCAUCCUCACCUGCCUCUUCUGCCAGUUCUGGGACUGCCUCCUGAUGCUCCCGGACACCUGUGAGACGGUGUGCACCAACACGUGCUGCCCCUCCUACCGCUACCACCACACCUCGGACGAAGGCCACUCCCGGAACGACUGCAACUGCAACUGUGACAUGGACUGCAGCCUGUUUGAGUCCUGCCACGAGACCGGCGAGUGUCUGGAGCUGGCCAUGGAGAUUUCAGAGAUCUGCUACCGCUAG